CGCCGCCGCCGCCGCCGCCGCCGCCGCCGCCUCCACCGCCUCCGGCUGCGCCCGCCGCGGCCGCGCGGGGCGCGGGAAGCAGCGGCGCGGGCGUAGUGAGCGGGAGCAGCUACUCGCAGCUGAUGUCGGGCGGCGCCGACGGCCGGGCUGCGCCGGCGUGAAUGGCGGCGGCGGCCGCGGCCAAGCCGCCUGCGCCGCCGCCGUCCGCGCCGAAGGCGCCGGUGGUGGAUGCGUCGUUGUACGAGGUGGAGGGCGCGGCGUCGCUCGACGAGGCGGGCUACCGCCGCGCGCUCGAGCGGAAGCUUCUGCUGCAGAAGCUCGAGCGGUACAAGCAGCUGGGCGACGAGCACGGCGUGCAGGCGACGGAGGGCUACCUCGCGUGGUUCGACGGCCAGCAGUAGCGCGCGGACUUCCGCGGUGAGGCCGCUCACGCAGUCGUAUAGAAGCUGUGUUGCCGGCAGAGUAUGCGCGGCGUCGGGAGCGAGAGGCUGAGUGGCGACAUGGGGCGGGCUAGUGCCAAUUCACUCAGAUGACCCACACACAUUCGACGGCAAUAGUUACCCCUUUUCACAAGGCUCUUUUUUCUUUCAUUC